CAACAAACCCUCAUUUUCAACACACCCUUUCAACAAACCCUCUUUUUCAACACACCCUUUUAACAGACCCUCCUUUUCAACAUACCCUUUACCCCCAACACACCCUUUAAACAGACCUUCCUUUUAAACACUUCCCCUCUUCAACAAACCCUUCUUUUCAACACACCCUUUCAACAGACCCUCCUUUUCAACACACCCUUUCAACAGACCCUCCUUUUCAACACACCCUCUCAACAGACCCUCCUUUUCAACACUUCCCCUCCUCAACAGACCUCAACACACCUCAUGUUUAUGCACGAGCGCUGA